AUGCCACCGCGCCUGAGCCACCGCAAGUCCACUACCGGCUGCCUAAGAUGCAAAGGACGGAAAGUUAAGUGCGAUGAGAAACGGCCUCAGUGCAGUCAUUGCGCCCGGCACAAUGUCCACUGCGAAUGGCCUCCACUGACGACUCGCAUCUACAAACCUAUUCAAUCAAAGUCACCAAAUGGAACUUCCAGGAGACCAGCCCAACCAAGUCCUGGUCCAGGACUCCCUUCGCCCGGGUUGGGUGCGUUACAGGUUCUUGAACUGCGGCUUAUGCACCACUGGACAACAGCAACAGCAGAUACUAUGAGCUCCGCACAGCUAGCAUCUGUGAAAGAGAUGUGGAAUAUAUCUGUGCCCCAAAUGGCGUUUGAAUAUGAGCCACUUCUUCACACAUUACUCGCGCUCGGGGCAGCGCAUCGAUCGACACUACUCCCCAAUGAGGCGAAGUCUUUGCGCCCAGUCUAUCAAGGGUAUAUCGAUUCGGCUCUCCAACGGCACAGACCAGUCACUUCCACUUUGGACGAGAACACAAGCGAGGCCGUUUGCCUCAAUGCAGUUUUAAUCUCACUCUACACCUUAUGGUUACGGUCGGAGCCAUCGACAGAGCCUUAUGAGCCUCCAAUGAUGUGGCUUUCCAUGGCACAUGGAAUUCGAACCAUCAUGAAAAGCGUUUUCCAUCAGUUGGUUCGAAACAAUUCUCGUUUAUGUCCCCUACUUUUUGCACAACCCACACUUUGGGAUAAGAAAGAGCCAAUUCGUGCAUACGAGGGGCCUUCAAGACCAUUCCAGUUCCUCCUUGAAUAUCGUGCCGAGGAAGAGGUUAUGGAUGAUAAAGAUACGCAGGCAUAUACUGUAGCCGUUGAACACCUCGAGAGCCUAUACAUCGCUAUUGAUACAAGUGAACCGACGUUCAUGAUUCGCAAAAUAUUCAUGGGGUUUCCACCGGUAGUAUCUCGAGACUUUAUUCGGCUGGUUUCUGAAAGGCGACCUCGCGCGCUAGCGAUUUUAGGCCGUCUGUUUGCCAUGGGAAAAACGGUGGACAAUACCUGGUGGCUCCAUGGAAUUCCCGAGAAGGAAGUUAUUGGUAUCAAUAGCAUCAUGCCGAUUCCAUGGAAGUGGACAAUGGAUUGGCCGCUUAAUCUCAUCUCCAAGAAGUCGCCCAUCAACCAUGCUUCCCCACCUGUUGCCGAUCGGACGGGAGUAGAGGCUUUCUUUUAA